AUGGUACCAUUAGAACUGGCAGACACCUGUGUGCUAAACACCUAUACGUGUGAGUCAGUUCUGCAAUGUUCAGAAUACUUCCGAGUUGCUCAGCAGUAUUACUGUAGCUCUCCAAGUACGACGCUGUUCAUUCUCUACAGUUUAGGGUUUAUCCUUAUCAUUGCUACUUUAAUCUUGGUGCUAAGCCUAGUCAUCAGUAACUAUAUGUUUGAGAACCUUCACAAGAUUACCGACAGUGUACACAUCAACCCUAAGUUCCUAUAUUUCAUAAUCAUUCCCCUUAUCAACUCCCUAGGCGAUAUCACCAACUACCAUAAUGGACUAAAGAUAAGCUCUGAGUUGGUGCUAGGACAACUCAUUGGAUCCAAUCUAAUUAUAUGUGGGCUUAUAAUAGGCCUUAUAUGUGUUAUUAAGCCAGUUUCGGUAAGAAAUGAUAAGUCGGUUCUAGUCGACUUGGCAUGGUUGUUGACGGUGUUUGUGAUAUUCAAUUGGAUAUUGCAAGACGGUAAGAUCACUCGUUUUGAAAAUUGUGUCAUGGCUGGGGUUUAUAUUGCCCAUUUGGUAUACUUGUUUGGUACAAAUAAACAAGCUGACGAAGAACUUAUACCUCUCAAUAUUGAUGAAGAGUUAGAAGAUUUGGAAAGACAAGAUGAAAUAAACAGUACGGCUAUACCGUUUUGGCUUGAGUUGUCACAUUUUAUUGUGCAUUGGAUCAAUCAGGCCAUUAAUAUUGUGAUUCCACUUGGACAGCCCACCUCACUAUUGUACUAUUUCACCAUCACCGGAGUGUUAAUGUAUUUGAAGUUUCCGUAUGCGGCUACAGUAGCAGUGCUGGCAUUAGUGCUUUUGCUCAUACUCGGGUUGAAAUUAAAAUAUGACUUGCCCUUUCUAAUGAACGCUAUAGGAAUUGUGAACUCAGCACUAAUAGUUUCCAAUAUAUCAGUAGUGUUAUUGAGGAUAGUCAAGAACUAUGGACUUAUUUUGAAAAUCAGUGAUUAUUUGCUUGGAUUUUUGGUGUUCUCGAUUAUGAACUCAAUCAAUGACAUUGUUACAAAUGUGAGUUUAUCCAUAAAAUAUAACCUGCUCAUUGGACUAAAUGCGUGUUUGGGAACUCCAUUACUUCUUAUCCUCAUUGGUAUAGGAUACAAUGCCCUCCUCAUUGGUGGAACUUUAACAUUUACCCUCCACCAAAACCUUAUGAUUACAGCCAGGGGUCUAAUAGCACUCAUUGGAUGUCUAAUGGUGCUCGUACCCCUAAGUAGCUGGAAGUUUACCAGAGCCAUCGGGUUUGUUGCAUUGGGAUUUUGGUUUUGUAUUAGUAUUUUGAAUUGUGUAUUAGAAGAUUGA